CUCAGACAGAAACCACAUGUGGAUCUGAGCACUGGGAGAGAGAGAGUGUAAAAGAGAGAGAGAAAGUGCAAGGGACAGACGUGGAGCCGAGCUGAGGGAGCCACGCAGACGUGGAUCUGAGAGGAGAGAGCAAGAAAGAGAGAACGAGAGAGAGAGACAAAUAGUAUCCUGAGAGGAUCUGAGAAACACAGUGGGACCUGACAUUCCUCCAUUUGGUUUCUCACCUAGAGAAAGGAAAGUUAAAACUCCACAUGGGACUUUAUUGACAGAGGAACCACGCCAUACUGGAUUGGAGUGCAUCGGAGUCAAAGGAUUUAGAGAGAGAUACUGAGGUAACACUUGUUACUUUUUUCCCGUGUGAUCAUUGAACUAUACAUGCAUGUCCAGGUGUCACAGCAGUAAACAAAGCCCCGAGUAGAGAUAGAGCUAGUUGACUGUUGGAACUGCAGAGCACAGUGACCAUGUCCUUCGCCAUGGUGCGGCCGGCGCCCAACCGGUACCUAUACUCAGACAUCUCCAUGUUGUCCGAGGACGAGGAGAAUGGAAGCGAAAGCUCGGGUUCGGACGACCGCUCCUUCAGGCUGGACGCCAGAGGCUAUGACAUCAAAGUUGGGGGCCGCAAACGGAAGCCGGGCAGUGCUGGAGCAGGGCGUCUGGGAGGGGGUCAGCUCCCGCCUCAGAUGCUGCUCUCGCAGGACGGCUCCAUCUCUCCGACGACUGGGCUGCCGCGGCAGCGCAAUGCAGCCAACGCGCGGGAACGGGACCGCACCAACAGCGUGAACACGGCCUUCACUGCCCUGCGGACCCUCAUCCCCACCGAGCCAGCCGACAGGAAGCUGUCUAAGAUCGAGACGCUGCGGCUGGCGUCCAGCUACAUCUCCCACCUGGGCAACGUGCUGCUGGUCGGGGAGACAUGCGGGGACGGGCAGCCAUGCCAUGCUGGAGCGACCUCCUCUGCCCACUAUUUACAUCAGCAUGGAUCCCCGGCCCACGACGCAGAGAACUCCCAGCCUAAACAGAUCUGCACAUUCUGCCUCAGCAACCAAAGGAAAAUGAGCAAAGACAGAGACAGGAAAACUGCUCUAAGAAGUUAAUAUCUGGAGGACGACAGAGGGAAGAAACUGAAUUGAUGAGCACAACAUAUGAACCAGAACUGUGGACCAGAAACGUGACAUUCUUAAAGGUGUACAUAAAUCAAAACCUGUAUUUAAUUAUAACCCCCCCCCCAAAAAAAAAAUCUGAACU